CGCACGUCCCGCCUCCUUUUCUGAAUUCCGCAGCAGAGCUCGCCCUCUGAUUGGCCGAGAGGUUCAGAGUGCAAGGGCCAUAACAAACAAGACCAUCGGGAUGGACGCAGCUACGUUGACGUACGACACACUUCGAUUUGGAGAAUUCGAAGACUUUCCAGAGACCUCAGAUCCCGUGUGGAUCUUAGGGAAGGAAUUCAACGCACUCACAGAGAGGGAUGACAUCCUCUCAGACGUUACGUCGCGACUGUGGUUCACGUACAGAAAAAACUUCCAACCAAUCGGGGGUACCGGUCCGACGUCGGACACCGGCUGGGGAUGCAUGCUCCGGUGUGGGCAGAUGAUCCUGGGCCAGGCCCUGGUCUGCAGACACCUGGGGAGAGACUGGCGGUGGGAUAAAGGCCAGCGGCAGCGGGACGCCUACGUCAGCCUCCUCAACGCCUUCAUCGACAAGAAGGACAGCUGCUACUCCAUCCAUCAGAUCGCCCAGAUGGGGGUAGGCGAGGGGAAGUCGAUAGGACAGUGGUACGGACCAAACACAGUAGCCCAGGUGCUCAAGAAACUGGCCAUGUUCGACAGGUGGAGUCGGCAGGUGGUCCACGUUGCCAUGGACAACACGGUGGUCAUCGAAGACAUUAAGCGGCUGUGCAUGCCCUGGCUGGACUACGGGGGCGCGUGUGCAGACCCAGGGGGCGCCAGCGCGCUGAACGGUUGCAUGGAGGGCGCGGGAGCCAUGGUGGAGGAAGAGGGCCCCCUGUGGCGGCCCCUGGUACUGCUCAUCCCCCUCAGGCUGGGCCUGACGGACAUCAACGAGGCCUACAUCGAGACGCUGAAGCAAUGCUUCAUGCUGCCUCAGUCUCUGGGUGUGAUCGGAGGGAAACCAAACAGCGCCCACUACUUCAUCGGUUACGUAGGCGAGGAGCUGAUCUACCUUGACCCCCACACCACCCAGCCGUCCGUGGAGCCCAGCGACGACGGCCAGGUGCACGACGACACCUACCACUGCCAGCACCCGCCCUGCCGCAUGCACAUCUGUGAGCUGGACCCCUCCAUCGCUGCGGGCUUCUUCUGCAAGACGGAGGACGAGUUUGACGACUGGUGCAUGCGCAUCCGACGGUUGUCGUGCAACCGGGGGAGUCUCCCCAUGUUCGAGCUGGUGGAGUCCCAGCCCUCCCACAUGGUCAGCGUGGACGUGCUGAACCUCACCCCUGAUCCCCUCUACGCAGACUUCCCGGACUCGGACCGACUGGAGCGCUUCUUCGACUCGGAGGACGAGGAGUUCGAGAUCCUGUCCCUGUGACCCCCCCCCCCCCCCCCCCCCCC